UUUUUUUAUUUUAUUUUUUUUCUUCUUUUUCAACCCCCUUUUACAUAAAUUCUAAUGUUUGGAAAAAGUGCAUUUGGUAAUACUGGAGGCUUUGGUCAACAGCAACAACAACCAAAUUCAGUUUUUGGACAACAACCUCAACAACAACAACCUAGUGCAUUUGGUGGUUUUGGAGCUACUUCAACACCUGGUGCGUUUGGGGCUGCACCCGCAGCAACAGGUGGAGCAUUCGGACAGCCAGCACAACAAUCCGCUUUUGGAGCUGCUCCUGCCGCAGGAGGUUUCGGUGCUACUGGUUCUGCAUUUGGUCAGGCCAGACCCUCAGCUUUUGGAAACCCUACACCUUCAGCAUUUGGCGCUGCUCAACCUGCCGCUUCAACUGGAUUCGGUGGUUUUGGAUCAACUCCUUCUACUUCAGCAUUUGGAUCUACCGCUGCCCAACCCGGUGGAGGACUAUUCGGUCAACGACCUGCCACUAAUGCAUUUGGUAGCGUUGCACCUGCCACUAACACAUUUGGUCAACCUCAACAAACCUCUGCUUUUGGUGGAGGAUUAGGUGCCACAGGAUCUGCAUUUGGACAACCCCAAGCUGCGGGUGGUAUUAAUCAAGGCACAGCUGUACCUGAUUUCGCACCAACACAAGAUCGUGAUAUCACCACAGGUGUCAAUAAUUUUUUCCAGACCAUUACAGCCAUGCCACAAUAUAAAAACUAUUCGUUAGAAGAACUCCGUUUACAAGAUUAUGCCCAAGGUAGAAAAACAGCUGGUGCUGCUACAGCUGGUGGUGCCUUUGGUGCAGCUGCUCCUGCCACAUCCGCUUUUGGUGCUGCUGCUCCUACUACCUCUGCCUUUGGUCAGCCUGCUGCGGCUACCGGUGGCUUUGGUCAACCUCAACAACAAUCAGCUUUUGGUCAACCUGCGGCUACAGGUGGUGCCUUUGGUAACACAGGUGGUCUUUUUGGUCAACAACAACAGCCAGCUGCCACUUCGGCCUUUGGUCAACCUGCUGCUACUACUGGUGGUUUCGGUGCUAAUACCUCAGCUUUUGGUCAACCUGCUGCAAAUACAGGUUUCGGUGCCGGGGCUUCCACAGGUGCCUUUGGCGCUGCUGCUUCUAAACCCUUCUCAUUCGGUAGUACACCUGCUCCUGCUACAGGCGGAUUCGGUGCAACCACAGGCGGAUUCGGUCAACCUGCAGCGGCCACUGGUGGAUUUGGACAACCUGCUGCUGCGACUACCGGUGGAUUUGGCGGAUUUGGACAAAAGCCUGCCGCUACUGGUGGAUUUGGUGCUACUACUGGAGGAUUUGGUCAACCUGCUGCCGCCACUGGUGGGUUUGGACAGGCCGCUGGUGGAUUUGGACAAACAGCCGCUAGUAAACCUGCAAAUUCAUUCUCAUUCGGUGCUACAGCCCCUGCUCCUGCUGCUGGAGGAUUUGGUGGAGGUUUCGGUACCUCUGCUGCCCCCGCCACUGGUGGAUUUGGUCAACCCGCUGCUGGAGGAGGAGGUCUUUUUGGUGCUGCUAAACCCGCUGCACCCACCACCUCUCUCUUUGGUAAUACUACAGGUGCUACCUUGGGUGGAGCUACCGGUGGAUUUGGUAGUUUUGGUACUGGACAAGCACAAGGCGGUGCAGGUACUAGUUUAUUUGGCCAAAAGCCUGCUACUGGAUUAGGUGGUGGAUUAUUUGGUGGCAAUAAUACAAUGGGUGGUAAUACGACCGGUGGAUUUGGAGGAUUUGGACAAGCAGCAGGAGGAACUGGUCAAUACCAAUUACCUGCUACAGGUGGAUUAACCUCAUUUGGUACAAACCCUCUUCAGCAACAACCUUCUUUAGUAGCCACUGUGGAUAAAAACCCUUAUGGUAACAAUCCCUUGUUCGAUAUGAGUAAAGCACCCAACAAUGCGGCCAAGACAGGUCCAUCUGCUGUUGCUCUUGAUAGUGGUAACCGUAAAGCAUCGCCUCAUGUUUACCCUAUUGCUCCUCGUGUGGUCUCCAAGAUCAAGCUUCGUGGAUUCUCUCAUACUCCUGGUAAGCCUACUCAAGGUACCAAGAAGAACGUUUCAACAAGUUCUUUGGAUGGUAUUAGUGAUGAUGCUGUUCUCGGUGCUGGUGCAUAUGCUCCUCGUGCCAGCAACAAGAAUUUGAUUUUCGAUCAAAAUCUGGAUACGGCCAACAUCGUUGCACUUGUAAAUGAUAGCAAGAAGGCUGAAAAGAGACGAGUCGUAUUUAACCCUAACCUUGAAUUAAAUGCUCACCAAAGCAGCAGUAACAACAACAACGACAACGUGAACGAGAAGAACGAUGUGAAAAACAACAGCUUUACAGAGUCGAGUAGCUCUAGUAAGGCUACCCCUUCUUCCGGUAGCACCACCACUACUACCACUACCACCAUUACCACUGCUAGCAAGACGACAACAUCAGCAGCUAGCGUUGCACCCACAUUAAACUCUGCCUCAGCUUCAUCUGUUGCCAUGAAGAAUGGUUAUUAUAUCUCACCUACGAUCGAGACCUUGACUGGCAUGAGCAAAGAGAAUUUGAAGCAUGUUCAGAACUUGACUGUGGGUCGUAAAGGAUAUGGUGAAGUGAAAUUCGAAGUACCUGUUGAUUUAUCUGAGGUUGUACUUGAUGAUAUCAUGGGUAAUAUUGUCGUGAUCGAGGAUAAAAAGAUUGUAGUGUAUCCUCAAGAAGAGACGAAACCUCCUCAAGGCACCAAGUUGAAUAUGCCAGCGCUUGUUCGAAUCGAUAAUUGUUUCUCCAUUGAUAAAAACACAGGUGCUGCUAUCAAAGAUCCUGAGCACCCUCGUUUCAAGCUCUUUAAGGAAAGACUUCGUAAGCGUGGUCAAGUCACCUUUGUCAGUUAUGAUGAUCAAACAGGUGCCUGGCAUUUUAAGGUUGAAGGUUUCUAAAUAAAUAAAUACAUAAAAAGUAUAUAAUAAACAGAUCUUUUUUUUUUUAUUAUUAUUAAUAUA